GUCACACUUGGCGGCUGCAGUGGUUUGUUACGGUUUCGGUGGCGGGUGUGUGUCGGAGGCUGCGGAGAUGCUGAGUGCAUUGAAGAGUGACUCGUACGUGGAGCUGAGCCGGUACCGGGACCAGCGCUUUAAGGGUAGAAGAGAUGAUCAAGAGAAGGUCCUGAAGCAAAGCUGCACAUUAUAUGUAGGAAACCUGUCAUUUUACACCACGGAAGAGCAGAUCUAUGAAUUAUUCAGCAAAAGUGGAGACGUGAAGAAAAUAAUCAUGGGCCUGGAUAAGGUGAAGAAGACGGCGUGUGGCUUCUGCUUUGUAGAAUACUACACCAGAGCAGACACUGAGCAAGCUAUGAGAUUUAUUAAUGGAACUCGGUUAGAUGAUAGAAUCAUCAGAACAGACUGGGAUGCAGGAUUUGAAGAAGGCCGACAAUAUGGACGUGGGAAAUCAGGUGGCCAGGUCAGAGAUGAAUUUCGCCAAGAUUAUGAUGCCGGAAGAGGUGGUUAUGGUAAAGUCGUACAGACAUUCUGAAGACAUGAAAAUCUUUCCAGCACAAACAAAAUCAUUUCUAUGAGAUUGUUUUAAGUUGACCUUUGUUAUGUAAAGGACAAUAGAUGCGUAGCAUGCUAUCUAUUCAUACAUUUUUGUUUUUCUUGUCAUAUGGGUCGUAUAUUACUACUCACAUUUUUUUAAAUAAACUGUAUAAAGGUGUUCAACAAUUUUACUUCCUGUGUUAUAC